AUGGCCAAGUCGCGGAGCCCCUGCUUCACCCGCUUCCUGUCCGACUUCACCCUCGGCUUCUCCGAUGGCCUGACGGUCCCCUUUGCCCUCACCGCGGGGCUCAGCUCCCUAGGCCGCGCCGACACCGUCAUCUACGCCGGCGUCGCCGAGCUCUGCGCCGGCUGCAUCAGCAUGGGCAUUGGCGGCUAUCUGUCGGCCGUGGACGAGCUGCCCCCGCCGCCGAGCCGCCGGGGCACCCUCCGUGACGAUGACGAGGAGCUCAUCGGCGACGAGGAAAAGGGGCUCGACGAGCUCCUUGUCCGUCGCCACCUUGAGCCCCUUGCCCUCCCCGGCGCCACCGUCUCGGACAUUGUCACCGCCCUGCGUCGCCACCCGGAUGGCCUUGCUCGCGCCGCCCACCAGCUCCAGCAGCGGCAGCGGCCCCACGAGCAGCUGCCCGUCGCCCCAGGCAAGCCACUGCCCCUCUGGCCCGUCGCCUCAGGCCUCUCCAUCUCGCUGGGCUACGUCGUUGGCGGCGUCAUCCCGCUCUUGCCCUAUCUCUUCACCCCGACGGUCGGCCUAGGCCUCGGCUGGAGCAUUGGCCUUUGCCUCCUCGCCCUCAUGACCUUUGGCUUCGGCAAGACCUGGCUGCUGAGGGGGGAGGAUGCCACCUGGAGGCGCUGCUUGCUUCAGGGCUUUCAGAUGCUCAUCCUCGGCAGUCUGGCUGCUGGCGCCUCCGUCCUGUUUGUCAAUCUCAUGGGAGGAAGCGGCCAUGCCGAAUCCGCGGGAUGA